AACUAAGGCUAUAAAAAAGGAGAAUAUAAUAAGUCAGUCCAUGGUGAGGGCGACUUGAAUCUUGGUGGCGGCGCGUGGCAGCCCUUGGAAGGUAUUGUAUUUUCCUCCUCCCUGCCGCCGCCUGCCGCUGCUCCCUCCCUGACGGACUUUCCAGAAGGUCUCGGGUAAAGAACAACACAUACUAACCCAGCAUGGCGGUAGAGCAUCCUGAGACCGUGGAGAUGGCGGUCGACAUCACACCAGAGAAGGAUGGAGGAGUGAUGAAGGAGGUAUUACGGCCGGGUGAGGGCGAGGAAGGACCUCAACCGGGUGACAAGGUGUUCGUGCACUAUGUCGGCACCUUGUUGGAGGAUGGCUCACAGUUUGACUCCAGUCGGGAGAGGGGCGAGCAGUUCUCCUUCACCCUGGGGAAAGGUGAGGUGAUCAAAGGGUGGGACCUGGGUGUUGCCACCAUGAAGAAGGGCGAGCUGGCCAAGCUGACCUGCAAGAGUGAGUACGCCUACGGGGAGCGCGGCAGCCCACCCAAGAUACCCCCCAACGCCUCGCUAGUCUUCGAGGUUGAGCUGUUUGAGUGGCACGGGGAAGACCUGAGCCAGAAGAAGGAUGGUGGCAUCAUACGCAGGAACGUGACCGCCGGCGAGGGCUACCAGACCCCCAACGACGGGGCAUUGCUGGAAGUGCACAUUAAGGGCAAGGUGAACGGGACAGUGUUUGACGAUAGGGAACUAAUCUUCCCCCUCGGCGAAGGCUCUGAACACAACAUUCCCGAAGGCCUGGAGACAGCCCUCGAAAAGUUCAAGAAGGGCGAAAAGUCUGUCAUAAAGCUGUCACCAAAGUAUGCCUUUGGGGACGAAGGUAACUCAUCCCUGGGAGUGCCACCAGGUGCAUCCGUGGAGUAUGAGGCAGAGCUGAAGAGCUUUGAGAAGGCGAAGGAGUCAUGGGAGAUGGACCAGGGGGAGAAGAUUGAGCAAGCCAAGACCUGCAAGGAGAAGGGCACCCAGUUCCUCAAGUCCGAAAAGUACAAGCUGGCAGUGAAGCAGUACAAGAAGAUCAUCGACUUGUUGGAAUAUGACUCUGGCCCCGGGAACGACUCUUCGGAGGACGACAGUGACAUGGAAGAGCAGGUCAACCUCGCAGCCAACGACAAGGGACUGGAUGAUGAGAAGAAAGCUGAGAGUCAAAAGGUCUUGCUGGCAGGACACCUCAACCUGUCCAUGGUGUACCUCAAACUCCAGGACAGCGCCUCAGCCCGCGAUCACGCCACAAAGGCUAUUGGCAUGGACCCCACCAAUGUGAAAGCCUACUUCAGGAGAGGCCAGGCCCAGCUCAACAUGGGUGAUCCAAUCCUGGCACAGAAGGAUUUCCAGUCUUGUCUAGAUCUGGAGCAGAACAACAAGGCAGCCAAACAGCAGCUCAUGAUCUGCGUCCAGAAGAUCAAGGCCGACAAGAUGAGGGAGAAGCAAAUCUACGGUGGAAUGUUUGAAAAGUUUGCCAAGCAGGAUCAAGCAAAGCAGAAGGCAGAGGCAAAGUGCACCCCCACUGAGGAGAAGGAAGAGGAAGAGAAGAUGUAAGCAGAGCAGGAAUGUUGAUAGUUGAAACUCCUCACCAACUGUCGCAUUACACUUCAUUGCAUUCCCAGCAGUGGAGCGGUGGCAGUCUUCAGCAGAAUCAAGGACACUGUAUGCAAACUGUUUGGUGUCAGUGACUGUGUUCGGUGAAGUUUAAUUUGUCAAUGCCAUACCAUCAUGUGAACGCUUAUCCAAGUCUCCAUGUCUCCCUCAACUCAUGUAGAAGAGUACAUUCACCUGUUCUUGUUCACCAUUUCAGUCCUUACUUGUAUCAGAAAAAUAAUAUAGUCAUUUCUCAAAUAGUACGGUUUCCAAUAGUUCGGUUUCGGUUUUAUACAGAUUGUCAUAGAAGAUCUUUUAAGUAUUUUUAAAUUUCCUGCUCAUCGGAAAAUUUUAAAAUCCUAAUAAAAUCUUUGAAAAUCCACAUAAAACCGAAACUGAACUAUUGAAAACCAUACUAUUUGAGGGACGACUGUACUGGAAUAUUUUGAUGAUGUAUGAAAACAAGCUUAUAUAAAUUUAGACGAGGCAUGAAACUAAGCUUGCCGAAAGAAAGCGUAAUAGUUAAUCAUGACUUAUUUGAACACUGGAUUGCUUUUAUACUUUAGCUCUGUUUUUCUGGGUAGCUAUUUUUCUGAUACAAACACUAAUUGGAGUGGUCUUUGUGAAUUAGUGAAUAUGCUCUGUCUGGAACCCCUGGCCGUGUUUGGCUGUGAGGUGCAGGUUAUGUUUCAGGAUUUGAGUGUAUGUGUGUGUGUGUGUGUGUGUGUGUGUGUGUGUGUGUGUGUGUGUAUGCUUGUGUGUGUGUGUGUGUGCAAGCUUCUGUUUUGAAAUGGUUACUUGAUGCUUUUGAAUGUCUUUUAUCCACUGAAGGGAAGUUUUACGUGCUCUUCUGUUGCCGACUUCUUGAGGCUUUGUGUAAUUAUUUUACUUGUGUAUUGUUCCUCAAGGAUCUACAGUGAUACAUGGAAACGAUUCAUUUUCAUUCCUAUGGAAGUUAGUAAUUGUUUGUAGCAUAAUAGCUGAGGAAAGGAGUGGCAAGGACUGACUGACUUUUGAUACUAGUAAGACUGGCAGCACUUGUAGGUACUAGAUGUAGCAGAAGACAAAUUGCCUAGAUUCACGAAGUAUGUAAGUAAUAGUAUGGGUAUUAUCUCAUUGUUGCAAGUCAUUAUUCUCCAAAUGAAUAGUGCUUUUUAUCUUUUUUUCCUAUCUAUCCUGUCUUUGCCAGAUAUGAGCUCCCUGAUUUGUUAGGUGAUUUAAAAUAUUGUGGUUCAUAAUAUUUUUCUUUCAGCAUUUUGCUCCUAAUAAAAACUGUGAUGAUUAA